GUGCACGCCACGCCUCCGCGCCCCGAGAGAGCGCUGGCUAGGGGGCUUCGAAGUUUGUCGGCGGCGUAGAGAAUGAUGGGUAUGAGAUCCCAAGCCGAAGAAACUGUGGGCUGGUGGGCGCGUCCUUCUACGGGAGGGACACACAAAGCAGGUUGCAGAAACUGAAAGCUCUGGGUGGUAUGGUGGGCACAGGCUCAGCGAAGAAGGUGACUCAAGUUAGCCUGGCAGGUCGGUGUGCCCCUCUCGCUCACCGUCGGACGCAAGCUCCAGGGUCUGAGCCAAGGCAAAGCGGGACUUCCUGUCGACCAAGCCCCGGUGAGGGCGGGGCUUCCGGUAAAGCGGGAUCCGCAGUACCGGGGCUGUCGGUUUUAAUUCCUUAAAGCACGUGGCGCGCGCAUUUGGCAAGGGGCCUUCAGAGCGGUUUGCGAGGCGGACAUCCGUGGAGAGGUCGUGAAAUUGAACACACUGUGUGUGGUUCCUGGCCCAGCUCAGGGUGAGCGUCUUCCGGUGGCGCUGAACCUCUGCGUGUUCCGUCAUGGACUACCGGCGGCUGCUGAUGAGUCGGGUGGUCCCCGGGCAGUUCGACGACGCGGACUCCUCCGACAGUGAAAAUAUUAACUUGAAGAUAAUGAAAGAAGAAGAUAACUUUCUGUCUGAAGACUUUCAGAAUAAUGUAGAAGAAAAAAUAGAUGAAGGUGAGAUAGAAGAGGAAGAGGAAGAGGAGGACUAUGAUGAUGACGAUGAUUGGGACUGGGAUGAUGGAACUGGAAAACUCACCAAGGGUUAUAUCUUGAAUGGAGGGAGUAACCCACAGGCAAAUCGACAGCCUUCGAACUAUAAUUUGGCCAAAAUGUCUACUCCAGCAGACAAGGUUUUACGGAAAUACGAGAAUAAAAUCAAUCUAGAUAAGCUAAAUGUUACUGAUUCUGUCAUAAAUAAAGUCGCCGAAAAGUCAAGACAAAAGGAAGCAGAUAUGUAUCGCAUCAAAGAUAAGGCAGACAGAGCAACUGUAGAACAGGUGUUGGAUCCCAGAACACGAAUGAUAUUAUUCAAGAUGUUGACAAGAGGAAUCAUAUCAGAGAUAAAUGGCUGUAUUAGCACAGGAAAAGAAGCUAAUGUAUACCAUGCUAACACAACAAAUGGAGAGAGCAGAGCAAUUAAAAUUUAUAAAACUUCCAUUUUGGUGUUCAAAGAUCGGGAUAAGUAUGUAAGCGGAGAAUUCAGGUUCCGUCAUGGCUAUUGUAAAGGAAACCCCAGAAAAAUGGUGAAAACUUGGGCAGAAAAAGAAAUGAGGAACUUGAUCAGGCUAAAUACAGCAGGAAUCCCAUGCCCAGAACCAAUUCUGCUAAGAAGUCAUGUUCUUGUAAUGGGUUUCAUUGGUAAAGAUGACAUACCAGCACCACUCUUGAAAAAUAUCCAGUUAUCAGAAUCCAAGGCUCGGGAGUUGUACCUACAGGUCAUCCAAUACAUGAGAAUCAUGUAUCAAGAUGCCAGACUUGUCCACGCAGAUCUCAGUGAAUUUAACAUGCUGUACAGUGGUGGCGGUGUGUACAUCAUUGACGUUUCUCAGUCUGUGGAACAUGACCACCCACAUGCUUUGGAGUUCCUAAGAAAAGAUUGUGCCAAUGUCAAUGACUUCUUUUUGAAGCACAAUGUUGCAGUGAUGACUGUGCGGGAGCUUUUUGAAUUUGUCACAGACCCAUCAAUUACACAGGAGAACAUGGACGCUUAUCUCUCAAAGGCCAUGGAAAUAGCAUCCCAAAGGACCAAGGAAGAAAGGUCCAGCCAAGAUCAUGUAGAUGAAGAGGUGUUUAAGCGAGCAUAUAUUCCUAGAACCUUGAAUGAAGUAAAAAAUUAUGAGAGGGAUAUGGAAAUAAUGAUGAAAUUGAAAGAAGAGGACAUGGCCAUGAAUGCCCAACAAGACAAUAUUCUAUACCAAACUGUCACAGGAUUGAAGAAAGAUCUGUCAGGCGUUCAAAAGGUGCCUGCACUCCUAGAAAAUCAGGCUAAUGAAAAGAAUUGUUCUGAUUCGGAAGACGCUAGAAGCUCUGAGUGUUCUGACGCAGAUUCUGAAGAGGAGGGAGACUGUGCCUGCUCCAGGAAACCCACUACUGACCUUGAAGUUGAUAAAAAGGAAAGAAAAAAGAUGGUCAAGGAAGCCCAGAGAGAGAAAAGAAAAAACAAAAUUCCUAAACAUGUGAAAAAAAGAAAGGAGAAGACAGCCAAGACAAAAAAGGGCAAAUAGAAUCAGAACUAUAUUAUGCACAGUACUUUGCCAUACGUUGCUUUUCUUCCCUGCACUUUUAAGCUGCAUCUAUAAGAUGGGAUAUUGAUUUUAACCACAUGGUUAUUAUGGCAGUGUCUGUGGAGAAUGAUUUGGGUGUUCUCAUGCAAUUAUGUAAAAAAGCUCUAAGCUCUGUUGUCUAGAUCCAGUCAUUGGCUCUACCUGGUAUUGACAGAGAAUUUAUUUAAGCUAUUUUGAUGAAGAACUUUGUACAAUAUUAUUUUUAUAUAUUUUUUCUCCUCCAAAAUGUUUUUUGAAGGAUCAUAAAUAUUUAAAUGUAAUGAAUGUCCACUACUUUUAUGUAUGUGUAAAGGCACUUUGGACAAAUUUGGUCCAGCUGUUUUGCUUUGUUUGCACAUGCUAAAAGACCCAUCUGAAAUCAUAUGAUUAAAACCAUGGUUUCUUUAAAAGAGAGUUUCAUUUAGAGAUAAUUCAUCUGGCUGUUGUAAUCAUUCACUGCAGUUUUGUUCUGUGUGCAUUGGUGAUCAUUUAUAAUGUACUCUUCAUCUUUAAUAUUUUUUUGAGCUAGACCUCCCAGUUUAUAAGCUAUUUCAUGUUCACCUAUUUGGCAGGUUCAUUCAUUCAUCAUAUAUUGAUGAACUGAGGUGCUGGGGAUACAGCAGUAAAUAAAACAGACAAAAUUGCUACCUUUGGGUAGUAUACAUUUUAAUAGGAAGAUGACAUUAAACAAAAUAAAUAAAAACAGUGUAUCAGUAGUUGGGAGAGAAAUACUCCAGAAAAGAGAGAAUGCCUGGGGAGAAGUAAAUUUGCCCUUUUAGAAUAGGCCACACUGAGAGGCUGUAUUUGAACACAUACUUGAGGAUUAAUCAUGUGCAUAUCAGAAGAAAAGAGGAUUCCAGGCAAAGCAAACAGCAAAUCCAAAGGCUCUGAGGCAGAAGUAUGCCUGCAACGUUCCAGAAAGGAGGCUGGAGCUUCAUAACCAAGGGAGAAAAUAGUAGAUGAAAUCAGAUGAUGUUAGGCUAUUGGAGGGUUCUGAGCAGAGGAAUGAUAGGAUUUGACUUCUGUUUUGAAAGAUCACUGUCACUCUGGCCUUUGGAGGAUUAAGGAAAGGAGUGUAGGAGACCAGGUAGGUAUUAGGAACCCAUGUGAGAUGAUGAUGAUGAUGAUGAUGAUUACGAAGAUGAUGAUGACGAAAACAACGAUGACGACUUGCUCUAGGAGAGUAGCAGGGGACAUGGAUGGAAGUGGUUGGAUUCUCGAUAGAACACAAAAGCAGGAUGAACUAGAUGUGCUAGUGAAUAUAUGAGGAGCAUGGAGAAAGAAUGAAGGACGAUGUCAGGAAUUACGGCUAGCAACUGAGAGAGGACUGGAAUUGCCACUUACUGUGUUGGAAAGGAACGUGGGUGGAGUAGGGUUGGGUGAAAAGGGGGGUAUGAGAUGGCAAAAAAGCACAAAUAUUGAAUUGAUCAAUUUUUAUUACCAUAUACUUUACAUUAGAAAUGCUGUAUUAGCCCUUGCAUCAGAAAUAGUU